CACCUCAGCAGUGUGACAGACAGGCUCCAGACUCACAGGACAUCCCUGCCGUUGUUAUGACAACACUUGCAAAAAUUGCACACCAUGGUCGCUAACGAAAACGCAAAAUGAGGCAUUUGGUGCUAAUUUACCUCUGGCUCGCUUGGGAUCCUCAGCUGGUGCUCGUUUUUGAAUUGAGGGAUAUACCAAGCCUAGGAUUAAAAGACAUACCCAGACUCAUCCGGAGUGGAGACAGGAUAAACGGCCAGCUUAAGUAUCCAGUGCAUCAGAACCACACUGUCUUCUUUCAUAGUGAGGACUCAGAUGAAUUAUAUGUCGGAGGGACUGAUUUUGUGCUAAAAAUUGAUGUGGAGGACAGUCGUAUUGUAGAGGAAUUCCCACUGAAAGCGACAGGCAAGCAGGAAUGUCAAGAGGGCCCGUGUGAAAAUGUCAUCACUGUCAUUCAGAAGUUCCAAGAGAGUUUAUUUGUGUGUGGAACGAAUGGAUACAGGCCACAGUGUUGGAGGCUGUAUUCACAGGCAAAUAACCAGUCACAAGAGAUAGUGGAGAGUUAUGAAGGAACUGGCAUAUCUCCGCACAUUUAUACACAGAACUCACUGUCUCUCACAGUAGAGGGAGACUUAUAUGCUGCAGCCCCUUUGGACAGUGAUGGAAGUUUGUUACAAUUCAGAAGGAAAGGUGGCAGUAAAACCAAUGUCUGGAUGUAUGACAAGUGGGUUUCAGAACCCACGUUCAUCUCUGCCUCCUGGGUGAGAAGGGAGAUAGACCCCGAUAACGAGAAGAUCUACAUCUUUUUUCGUGAAAAGAACUCGGACAGCAGCCCAGAAGCAGACCCGUGGAUUUCCAGGGUAGCCAGAGUUUGCAAGGUGGAUGAGGGUGGGUCAAAGAGGUUCUUCCAGAACAUGUGGACAUCGUUCCUCAAAGCCCGCCUUGUCUGUGGGUUUCCGAAAGAAUCGCUCUAUUUUAACCGUCUUCAGGAUGUCUUUGUGCUGCACGCUGAGGACUGGCAUGAAACCAGAGUCUAUGCACUUUUCACAAGCAGCUGGAACUCUACAGCAGUUUGCAUCUAUUCCAUUGAAGAGAUUGACAAUAUAUUUCACAACUCGACUUUCAAAGGCUACGAUAAAGACAUUCCCAACCCUAGACCAGGAACUUGUAACAAAAACAGCAAGAGCCUGCCAUUGGCCACCGUCAACAUAGUGAAGGACCACCCAGAAAUGAGCGACUGGGUCCGCUCAGUACAUCACCUUGCUCCGUUCUACGUAAGCAACAACAACUACACCAAGAUCGCUGUGGACAGAGUCCAAGCUGCUGACCAGCACAUGUACAACAUCCUGCUCCUAGCUACUGACUCUGGGAAGAUCCACAAAGUCUUGGAGGCUGGCUCUAAACCUUUCAUAAUCUCUGAAACACAGCUCUCCAACUACUCAGCCAUACAAUCAAUGAAACUUAACUCCAAAAAGAGAAAGUUAAUCGUGGGUUUCUCAGAGAAAAUCUCAAGCGUUGACCUCCAGAGGUGUCAAGAUUACAACAACUCCUGUGAAGAGUGUGUUCUGGCCCGUGACCCAUAUUGUGCCUGGACCAAGUCUGGAUGCACCCCGACUGUCCCGGAUGGUAUUCAAAAUAUUAUGGAGGGACAAACAAGUGUGUGCCAGACAGCAGUAAAAGAAUCUGAGAAUAUGAGCAGGACCAAGCGAGGGAUCAGUUCUCCCUCACCAGUGGACGUGGCAGUUCACACUGUCCCUCUGGAAGUCCCUUUCUAUUUGUCAUGUCCUAUAGACUCUUACCAUGCUGUCUACAUAUGGGAUCACCAAGGCCACAGCAACCCGUGUCUGCAAAUGCAGUCCAACUGCCUGCACCUGAUCCCUGCCAUGGAAGAGGUGAGCUAUGGGGAGUACAAGUGUAUAUCCAAGGAAAAAGACUACACCAAAGUGGUGAAAGAAUAUCGGCUUGCAAAACAAAUUAUCGACAAACUACCAACUGUCAGCACAAAGAUCAACCCGACGACCAGCAGGCCCAGGAACAUCAACCCCUGGAUCAGCAACCCCUGGAUCAGCAAACCCAGGACCAUCAUUCCUGGCAACAACGCAGCAGCGCCUGUGCCACAGAUGGUAUCGGUCAUGAGUGUAGCUGCUGUAGCUGUUAUGUUUGGGCUUUUCAAAUAGACUCUGCAUAAAUGGCCAUUUAUUUAAAUUAAAAAAUGGCAAUUUCCAGUCGGCUCUCUUUUUAGUCUCUCGGUUGUUUGUCAGUUCGUAGAAUACAUAUUGAAAGUUUGAGGAAACUGAAAGUUCAAGACCUCUAGUCCUUGCAAGUGUUAUCCUAGGACACAUGCGGCACAUGCAGAAGUCCUUUGUGAGAUCAGAGAAGCCAGGAGUUCAGCUGGGAAGGUUCCUUAUGAAACAGUAGCACAGUUGUGUUAGCAGGAUAUGUUUUGCUCUGGGGUGCACCCAAUGUGUAAACAAUACGUGUACUAGAGAACACAAUCAAACCCCCAAGGGUAUAAAAAAAAGGAGUCCAGCAGACACAUUAAAAUUUCAUAUUAACGUUAUAUUAAUUAAUGUCAUAGUGUUAAUAGAUAAAAAUGUCAUAUUAAAACGUCUGCUGGGUUCAUUUGAAGAGACGCACUGCAGAAACAUACCACAUCACACGUGGUUUAGAUUGAUGAGGAAGCAGACAGGAGGAAGCCGGUGUGGAUGAGUGAGAAAACAAUGUUGGAUAGGUAGGAACCACAGGGAUGAGUGAAGAGCUGACAGCUUAAAUGGACGCCUUGUUUGAAUUGCCAAAGGUAGUUGGUGUUUGUUUGGAUCAGCUGAUGUUGUGUGUAUGACUCUACUUGCCCCAUCUGAACUAAUACUAAGUGUCAUAUUUGGCUUCUUUUCAGACAAGGCAAUAAAAUGUAUUUAUUAUUUAUCAUCUCAAAAACAGCUUUAAUCAACAUGAACCGGUCUGUAUCUGACUAUAACACUUAAACCAGAUCAAACUGGUGUGAUCAUGAGUGAAAAAGCCUCUGAAGAGAAAACCAGCGACACAUAGUGAGCGUGAUGUAGUUAUUUGGCAUGUGUAUGUUGGUGUCAUCUCAUAGCCAAAUUGGAAACUGUGAGAUUUGGUCCAUAGAGGAUCCCAGCCCAGUCCACUUAUGACAUAUUUGAUGGUAUCAGGGCAUUUAGGGAAUGGCUGAGCAAAUAACAAGGAAGGUGUGGACCCUUACAUAAUUUCCGUGUCCUGUUUCAGCUGGCCUCGUGCCAAUCAGUGCAGUAAACAAGCUAGGCUUUGGCCCCAUUGGGGUGGUGUAGGUGGGAGAAGGGGGUAUGUUCCUUUGUUUGAGGAUAG